AUGGGCCAAGUAUGCCUCCUAGACUCUGGGCGCUUGUCAGCUCUCCUCCAAGAUGCGUUGUCAUGGGGUGGCCAUGUUUCGUCCCUCAUGGUAUCUGCUCUCAACGGUUCCAUUCUCGCAUACGCCUACCGAAAUGCCACUCCUUCGAUCAAAGACAUUCGGACUCAAUCUACAACGAUGACCGCCGCAUACACGGUGGCAUCGGAGGAUGUACUUGUCUUUGAAGCGCAGAACAUGGGCGCGCUGUCAGUGGUGACACCUAUUGCCGACCACAUCCUCCUGGCGGUGACCGGACCGGAACCGAAGAAGCAAAAGACAGCCUCGCCCGAGGCAGUCGACGAAGAGCAAGAGCACACUACGAAUGGUGACAUUGUGGAAGAGCAGGAUCAAGCACACAGCGAAGCCGAGACCGAACAUGAACAUGAGCAGGUCCGGACGGAUCUUGAAGCGAUCAGCCAGGAACUCGCUACGCUCCUUAGAGAAGAACUGGCCAAGUUAAGAUGGCCUGAGGAUAUCUGA